AUGCCGUCAGGAUCCUGCUUCUGCGGAAACCUCAAAUAUGAAUUUGCCGGGGAGCCUCAGGCAAUGGCACUUUGCUACUGCCUCUCUUGCCAGAAAAUCAGCGGCAGCACACACACAGCCAACUUCAUGGUCCCUGGCGAUACUUUCCACUUGACAACUGGCUUAGAGAAAACAUGCACCCAACGUCAUGAAACCGGGAUGAAUCUUACAGUGCACUUUUGCGAUAAAUGCGGAGGCAUCAUAUACAAAACAGCCGACAACGCGGAAUUUUCCGGAAUGGCCGUCGUUCAGGCCGGAACUGUUGACGACCUUGAUCUCGUGCAGAAGACCAAACCUGCCAUGGAGCUCUUUACCAAGUAUCGUGCGCCUUGGAUUCAGGAACUGGAGGGUGUUGCUCAGAAAUCGGAAUUUUGA